AUGUACACAGAAAUGCCCUGUUUGGAACCAGUAGAAACCAAUGUUAAUAUCAGUGAGGAGACAAAUAUUGGCCAUAACAGCUGCCAAGAAGAACCUGAUGAAAACAAUGGUCAUGACAUCUGCCAGGAAGAACCUGAGGACAAUAUUAGCCAUCACAGCUAUCAGGAGCAACCUGAGGAGCCUGGCACAGAGAUCAGCCAGGGUAUUGCCUCAGAGGAAGUGGAAAUUCUAGAAGAACAAGAGGAAGAAGAAAACAAUAGUGAUGACAUGCUUAUAUCUAGUGGGGAAGAAGAAAGCAUUUGUGAUGAUCUGUUUCCAUCACUUGAGGUCUGCAAUGAACAUGGAUUUGACAAACUAUGCCCGGACCCAACUGGCUGGAUAGACCUCGAACAAUGUGUUGGAUCAGGAGGAUUUGGAGUAAUCCAUAAGGCAUGGCAUUUUAAGGAAAAGAAAGAAGUGGCCAUAAAAGUGAUAAAAGACCUUAGGGAUAAUGAAGAGAUCCUUGCUGAACUGUACGUACUUGAACGCGUUUCUGGCCACGACAACUUCCCUGCCUUUUAUGGAGCCUUUUAUCUACGGCCCAGCAUUUCAAAUGAAGAGGCGCUAUGGAUUGCUAUGACAAUGUGUGCUGGUGGCUCCGUAGACGCCUUAAUUAGGAGCACGCCCAAUAGAUCCUUGGAUGAGACCUGGAUUUCAUACAUAUGCAAGAAAGUUUUACAGGGCCUGGAUUACUUACAGGAACUGAACGUGAUACAUCAUGAUCUCAAGGGCGCCAAUAUAAUGUUAACUUCUACGGCCCGUGUGAAGAUAAUUGAUUUUGGCCUUGCCACAAUAGGGCCCAUCAGUACAAGUAAUGCAGGAACCCGCUGUUGGAUGGCACCUGAAGUCCAUGCAUGUUUUACAAGAAGUGUACAUUAUAACUACAAGGUGGAUGUGUGGUCUUUAGGAAUCACAGCCAUAGAAAUGGCAGAAUACAAUCCUCCACACAUUAAACUCCGUGGUGCUGAGCUUUCCGAAAGGAUUAUGAAUGGUCCAGCUCCAGCUCUAAAAGAGGAUAUAUGGAGUAAUAAAUUCCAGAGAUUUAUUAAUAAAUGCCUUCAGAAGGAUCCAGCCAAAAGACCAUUCGCAAAGGAACUCCUAUUAAACCGAUUCAUCACAUAUAAUCGAGAUGAAGACGAGGUGCAAUAUAGCAUAGCAGAGCAUAUACAUAAAGGUAAUGCAAAUGACUCAUAUUCUCUACAAUCAAAAAGCAAUUACUGGGAAAACUUUAAUGCCUAUGUGGUUAUUCAAGGCUUUAGAACACGCUGCAUGGUUAGCUUGACACGUUUCGCCCUCAAUCAUAAGCACAAAAAAGCAAAGUCACUGUAUGUAAACUUUGCUCUGAUGUUUGGGACCCUGGUGGCUGUAGCAGCAUGCACCCCAGAAGCUGAUCUGGUCCAGGAUUCCAUUGCCAUAAAAGAUCCUGACAAUGGAUGUGAUGCAGCCAGAAAUGGCCAUCAGCCAUCAUUCCUACAGUUUGUAGGCCAGAAAUUAUACCUCAUUAAGAUGAAUGUGCUGGACAGAAGAAAUGUCAAUCAGUUAGGUGAUUGA